AUGUCACCUGUCAACAAUCAUCCAGUCAGUCUUGCUAGCUGCAUUGCCAAACUGAUGGAACCCUGUGUCAAAGAAGCACUCUGGAACUUCUGGAAUUCCCACAGCCUUAUCCAGCCCUCACGGUUUGGAUUUAUCCCUAACUCAAGCUGCUGUGAUCAACUUAUCGAGAUUCUUGAAGACAUCACCCGGGUCACUGAUGGCAGAUCAUGGGUGGAUGCUGUUUACCUUGACUUUGCUAAAGCAUUUAAUUCUGUACUACACAAAAGACUUAUGUCAAAACUUUCUGCAAUGGGUGUGAAAGGAGUCCUUCAUUCUCAGCCGAAAAGAGGUAGUCACAAUUCUAGGACAGCAUUCUUCACCUUAUGA